UUGAACUUUCAGCGAUAUUUCCGCUUUCGUGACAACGCUGACAUACUCUCUCUGUCUCUUGAGAAAUUGGCAUAUUUCUUGUACAUUGCAGUAUUUUCUCUGUGAGAUCUCUCAUCAGUCUAAAUUGUACUUGGGUUAAACGUCGUGGCAUUGUUGAUAUUUUUUGCUGUAUAAGAUAAUUGCAGGGCUAUUAUCUUUAAUUGCGGCGAUCGACUGAAUGACUGCUUGUUAUCCGUAAUCGCCUUUUGAACACUUUUGUUGAUAAGAUAAUAAUCUCGGUUAUUAAGUGGUUUGAAGAUGCUGCGCCGAAGGAAUUUGUUGACACUGUUUUUGGCCAUUUGGGAGACGUCGUACUGUCAUGCCAAGCCUUUCUUAAAUAUGGGUGAUAAUAUUAGCGAGAACACUACCGAUCUCACAAACUCCUCCCUCCUCCUCAUCCCCGCACCCGAACCCGUAAUCUCCAUCCCCAGCAAGGACCCUCCGGGGCCGUUGCAAGCCGUCCACCAGGACCUCCACCCGGUGCUCCUCCCUAACCCCAACACCUCCACCAACGGCUUCUCACUGGAGGCCAACCACCCCAUCGCCACCGACCCGGCGAUGCAGAUCGCCCUGGAGAAAUCCGCGGCCCAAGCGGCAGCGGCGCCCAGCAUCAACACCUCCCACCCGGUGGGCGCCAACGACACCGCCCUGGUCCAUCCCAACGCCACGCACAUUGACGCUCUGAUGGAGGCCAUCCACCAGCCCGUCCCCGACCCCGACUCCAUGCACAUCCAGCCCAAGGGCCCGGAGAAGGCGCCAGCCGUCGCCCAGGGACGGGACAUGCUGCCGAGUAUUGUCGGGGAUAGUAACAAGGAGGUGUCGGGACGGCCGGUGGCCAAUGGCGGGUUGAGUCCGGCGACGGUGCAGCAGGCGGAGGGGAAGCUGCCGCCGCUAGAGAUGAUGCCGAACCCGUUCGGGAAUGAGCCGUCGCAUGUGCCGGUCGCGCCGGAAGUCAAGCCGGCGCCGGUGCCGGUUAAUAAUGCCCCGCCGGUGGCGAUGCCGUGAACUAACGGGUCUUGUGCCAAAAAUUGCUAAAUUUAUUCCUUCAUACUGGUGGAUUAUUAACUGCAGCUUUUGUUAUUGCAUGUGACCUUUGGAAGUGGUGCAAUCCAACGCGCUGUUAAUUAAGGCGUUUAAUUUUUUUCUGCGUUGUUAUUAAGCAAUUUAUUGUCUUCUCUGUCAGACAGUUAAAUGUAUAUGAAUUUUUAAAAGUACGUUCUAGUACUUUGAGUAAAAACUGGUGUACGGAUGAAAUAAAAUUCAUUUACUGAAUUUAAUCCAAAU